AUGAUGAAUGUCAGCAAUUACACCAUCGCAAUUGUUCUCAGUCUUCAGACUCUUUGUACUUGCAUUAUUUUUACACAGGGACAAUAUAUCUAUAAAUUCUAUCUAGAAACAUAUCGAUUUUUAUCAUAUGAAAUACAGAAUUCAACGAUUGUUACUCUUCCAUCUUAUCUUAAUAAGAUAAAUAAUAAAUUCUCAGACAAGUGUGCAAAAAGUAGUAUUGCUGUGAAUCGUAGUGUUCAAGCAUGGGCACAACAACGAUCUGCUGAUCUUUUUUUUUGGGCUAAUCUAUGGAGUUGUUUUCCUAUUAUUAUAAUGACUUAUAUUCUUGGAUUUUAUACCCCAAAAUUAGGUAAAAGAUUGGUUCUUAUAUUACCUAUGAUAGGUACUGUUUGUCAAUUAGCGAUUUGGUUAACAAUUAUUUAUUUUCAUUUAUCAGAAUAUUGGUGGUAUAUAGCUGCAUUUAUUGUUGGUUUAUCAGGUUCUGAAAAUGUUCGAGGUUUUGUUCUCAAUUUAUAUAUUACUGAAAAUACCGUUGAAAAUGAACGUUCAUCUCAUUUUGUUCUUUUUGGUGCAAUAUCAAUGAUAGUUUCAGCGAUAGGAACAUUUGCUAUUGGUUAUUAUAUAGCAUGGAAAGGUUUUAUUGAUUUAUAUUGGAUAGCAUCAAUAUUACAAUUAGUUUCAAUUAUUAUUGUUCUAUGCUUCUUUAAAUCUGAUAAACAUCAAUCUAAAACUUUAUCAAUGUCUAGUGAUUUAAAUUCAUUUUCAAACUCACCUGAUAUACAAAUUUCUAAAACAAAUUGUUGUUCUUAUUCUGAUGUAUGUAAAAUUUUGGAAUUUAAAAAUCGUUCACGUAAAAAAUCCUUUAGUCUUUUAUUAAUACUCUUAGCUUAUGCAUCAUAUGGAUUUACUUGUACAUCAUUAAUUGUACUUCUUUUAUAUCUUCUUAAUGCUCCAUUUUGUUGGUCAUCGGAACAUAUUGGAAAUUAUUCAGCAAUAGCAUUAAUUUCUCUUGGUAUUCUUAGUCUAUUAGGUAUGAAAAUUUUAACGAAAAUUGGUGCUUGUGAUAUAAUUAUUUGUAUAAUUAGUCAUAUAUUCUUUUGUAUUGCUUUACUUUGGCUUGCAUUUGCCCAGUAUGAUUGGCAAAUGUAUGUUGGAUUAAUAUUUAGUUCAUUUUCUGGUUAUCAAAAUUUAUUAACAUUACCAAUGAUAUCAAAAUGGUUACAACCAUAUGAAAGAACAAAUAUGUUUACAUUAGUAACAGAAAUUAAUGCUAUUAUGAAAGUUAUUGGAUGUUGUUUUUUCAAUUGGAUUUAUGCUCGAACUGUAAUUAAUUAUAAAAAUUUUACAUUUUUACUUGCAGCUGUUUUGAGUAUGAUUCCACUUUCUAUAAACAUAUGUUUAUGGUUUGUCUCACGAUGGAUGCCUAAUGAAAAUAGUGAGCAAUGUGAAAAAAUCGAUUUGAUAUCGACGGAAGUUUCGGUAUCUACCGAUUGGCCACCACAAAUUGGAGAUGCUAAUUCACUUUUAAUUCCACAACAAUUAUCAAAACUAUCACGUUCGAAUUCAUUAGCAUCAAUUGAUUAUGAAAUAAAAGAAAUUUACUGUGCUGAUACUCGUUAA